UUUGAUAGUAAAGUAGUGGUUGUUACUGGUCAGUAUAAAGUCAUAAUUGUUACUAGUCAUAUUUAUGUAGCUGUAAUUGUUGCUGAUCAUAAUGGUGAAGUCAUGGUUGUUACUAAUUAUAAUAGUGAAGCUGUAAUUAUUGCUGAUUAUAAUAGU